ACUUUUCCCUGGUAGUAUUCUGCUAUGGCCCCUAAAAUUGCAGCUUGUCCUAGCAAAAGGGUGAGUGAGGGCACCUGCUUAGGGGUGGAGGUCGUUGCGUGGAAACGAUGAUAAACAACAGAAGGACAUCCGGAGUAAAUGGCUGAACUUCAUAUAAUCGGACAAAUUUUGGACGCUAGAGAUUUCGAGGAGGAAAAUCUGCUGUGCAAGUGGAGCUUCCAGAUCGGAUCAACGUGGAAGGUGAUUGAGGGAUUAGCUGAGGGGCAAACAGCUACUGAUUCGAAUCGCGUGGAAAAGUGUUCAGUGUUCUCUCAUCCUUUGGACUUGCACUUGUCCACACGGGGAAUUCAGGGCUGGCCGAAAUUGCACGUGGAAAUUUGGACAGCUAAUGCUCUCAAGCAGUGUUGGCCAGUAGGAUUUGGUGUUCUCAACGUGCCCACUCAUCCAGGAAUCCACAAUCUUACAAUUCCCACGUGGAGAAUUGCUCCCAGCAACAUCUGGGACGCUCUUCGGGAGAAAUUCCACGGGGGCGGGGUGGCUCUGGCCAGAAAGGAAUUAGUUUAUUCCCAAUCGGAUCGCUACAAGCUAUCGACAACUUCUACAGCUGGUUCUGUUGGUGUUGAAUUGAUGCUGAUUUUUAAAAAUUUCAAGAAGUUCGGUGUUGAAUUUUAA